AUGUCGCGUCCAGCUUCUCCUCUUCUUCACGCUGUCAGCUAUCAGCAAGAAAAUGAAACAAACAACCGCCGCAAGCCUCCUGCUCUGCACAUCCCAAACAAGAAACCAAUCUCCGGAAUUGAGAUUGUUCACAAGCACUGCAUCACCCCCUCUUCUUCAGAAAGGAGCCUCAACACCGAGAUCUCUUACACCCACAGUGACAUCGAGACGAUGAACCACGUCCUCUUCCAGGCCAGACAGAGCGGAGAGCUCCCCAGCACAACCUCGUCCCCCAUGGACGCCCAAGCAGUCAUCCAAGACUACGGCUAUCUCACCCGGCUCAGAGAGGCCCGCGGCGACGCCAGACAUCCUCCUCCGACCACUUACACGGAACUCCGCGUCGAGGUCGCCCGCCGCAUCAAGGACCGUGACUCUUUUCACAAUGAUGAGGAGAGCCGCCAGGAGGCGAUACGCAGGGUGCACCACUAUCUGAACACCCUCGGGACGGAGAAGCGGUUCUUCGACGCCAACUCGAAUACUGCCGAGCGCCCGUCAUCGGCCCGGAGUGAUAUUGAGAGUUUUGGUGAAAGUAUACUCUCUAUUGUUGAGCAAGCAGCGGAUCAGACUAUGGUCGAUGCCGCGGAGCCUCUUCGAUUCAACGUUCAGCAACUGAAAACGCACAAUUCAGAGUUGGACAACCUUCUAAAGACGCACACUUCUGAGUACGACAAGCUUCUGAACCACCAGCAAGACCUAGUCAGAGCCCUCAGCGCAAUGAUCAAUCCCCAGGCCAAGGCGAUCCAGACUUCCGGAGAGAACCUCGCCCUUCUUACUGGAAUCGUCACCCAUCUUUCUCAAUUCUCCAUGAAUCUCCCAUACGUCGUCGACCAAGCUGUGCAGAGAGCCGUCCAUCAGCAAACAGAGGCAGCAAUCCAGCAGGUCCUCCAGGCCCAACAAGAAGCAGUUCUUUCUCUCUUACAGCGGCGUCAAGAGAACACACAAAGCAACCAAGUCAUAAACUAUGAUUUACUUUCGACGUCGAUCGUCUCAAAACUGCAGACAACCGGCUGCUUAAAUUUUAGUCCUGAGCAAAGUUUAGCAAAGGAAGAAAAAGGUCCCCGUGAUGGGUUGAGGAAAUUCUGGCAUCGCGUGAAGCCAUCCAUCAUGAUUCGAUGA